GGGGGAGUCAGCUGAGAGAGAGAGAGAGAGGAGAGGGCCACGGGAGGGGGACACGGAAGAUGGCAGAGGAGGCACUAAUGUCAGCGGCUUUGGGCCGAUCCCAGUCCUUCCACACGUUCAACACGCCUCAGAUAACAGCCAGCAAGUGUGGGAAUAACCAGCUGGAAUGCCGUGUGUGUGAGGACGGGUUCAGCCUGGGUGGAGACAAGGUGCCGCGGCUGCUGUUCUGUGGCCACACCCUCUGCCAUGCCUGUCUGCUACGCCUCCCCACCCACGACAAUAACAUCCACUGCCCCUUCGACCGACAGCCCACCCCGAUAAGUGCCUCGGGAGUGUGGGGCCUCAAGAAGAACUUUGCCCUACUGGAACUUCUGGAGCGUCUGUCGCUCUCUCGAUCCAACACCGCUCUGCUGCCGGAGGUUCUUAUCAAACAGCGAGAGCUGGGCAUCUCCUGUGACGAGGAUGAGGACCACCUGGCUGUCCUUUACUGCACCGUCUGCGCCUCCCACCUAUGUCUGGAGUGUUCGGAACGCACCCAUGCCACACGCACUCUACACAAGCACAAGCGUAUCCCUCUCUCCGAGAAGCCCCGAGAGAAGCCAAGGUGCGUCGACCACUCUUUUCAUCCAGUGGAGUUUGUGUGCCUGGAGGAGGAGUGUCAGGCAGCUCCUCUCAUGUGCUUCAUUUGCAAGGACUACAAACACACCAAGCACAAGCACAUGUUACUGGAGCAGGAAGCUGAGAGAAUCCGAACAACCAUCAGUGCAGCGCUGCAACACAUCAAGAGGGUGGCACAGGAGCUCACUGACUCGGCACACAAGCUGGAGGGUGUGGCCAGACAGCUGGAGGGAGGGCCGAGUGACUCUUCACCCUCGGACAGCGACAGCAGCAGGGGCACGGCGGAGGAGGCGAGGCUGCGGGUGAACCAGUACUUUGCCCAGCUGCGGGAACAACUGAACCGGCAGGAGAGCCAAGCCAUGACAGCGCUGGAUGCACAUGUCAGGGAGCGACUUUGUUCUAUCAGGCAGCAGCAGGAGGACCUCGCCACACUGUUGUCCCAGAUGGUGGCGGUGGUGGUGGACGGGGAGCGGGCGGUGCAGCACGACGACGGGCGACUCAUCAUGGCGUUCAGGGACUUGUCGGCACGCAUGGCUCACGUCACAUCUCAGGAGCAGCAGUUGGCGCAGCUCCUGGCACUCGCUCCUGACCCGGCCAUCCCUAUCACUUUUACUAAGGACAAUCGCAUCCACAUCGGGGCGCGGAUUGAGAUGCGAGUGGUGACGCUUGGGCUGGACGGGGCUGGGAAGACCUCCAUCCUAUUUAAGCUGAAGCAGGAUGAGUUUGUGUCCACCAUUCCCACCAUCGGCUUCAACGUGGAGACCAUCGAAUACAAGAACUUUAAGUUCACGGUGUGGGACGUCGGUGGUCAGCUGAAGUUGCGUCCUCUGUGGCGCCACUACUACUUCAACACUCAGGCGGUGAUCUUUGUGGUGGAUGCGACGGAUGUGGAGAGACUUCCCGAGGCACAGACGGAACUCACCAAGCUCAUGACGGAGAGGGAGCUGAAGGACGCCUCGCUGCUCAUCUUUGCCAACAAGGAGAACUCAGAGCACGCCUUGGGAAUGCCAGCCCUCACCGACAGCCUGGGUCUGCACAAACUGUGUCUGGGGCGCUCAUGGCACAUACAGCCCUGCGAUGCCCAGUCAGGCACGGGUCUCCACCAAGGGUUGGACUGGCUGGCUCGGCAACUUGUCCCUUCAGAAGUCCUUAACUCUGCCGGCUGAUCACCCAGAGAUGCUUGUUUUUGUCCCCCAAGUGUAGUGAAGUAGUGGCAGUACCGAGGAGUGUUGGGUGCAGUGUGGCUGGGAGUAUAACACCUUCCUGAGUCAUGUUCCUUGUACGAGAGAAGGUAGGGAGCAUUCUGUGAGUUCCUUUUGUGGUGAAGGUGUGGGAUGGGAUAGGAAUGCCUGCAGUGAUAUUUAACUCCCAGUGAAGAGUACUGAGAGGUGUUAUGUAGGUGUCUUGUGCGUGGGCUUCUAUAGAGUGUCUGGCCGUGGAGAGGUGCCCUGGUGAAACCUCAACGUGGCACAGGGACAGGGAGGGGUGCAGGGUUGCUGUGAUGGACUUAGUAUCCCUUGAAGCACAGCAUGGAAGUGUAGGUAAUGAGUAUGGAUCUGAAAUUUAGUUUACAAUUAAGGAUGAGGGUGGGAAAGGGAUCUGAUGGUGCCAAGUUAGGAGUCUAUGAAGGCAGAGGGAAGGUAGUGGUACCAUGUAAAGGUGGGAAGUUUUAUUCUCAUCGCAGGACAAGCGUAGGUGAUUGAGAAUAACGUACAGUACUAAUAAGUCUCUGUUUUUAUCCCAGUGUAGCACAGGAGUAGGCGACACUCAGUGGUAGCACACCUAGUCAGUCAGUCCGAUGUUUUAUUGUCUUCAUAGAAGUGAAGUAGAUGGUCAUUCUGUAGUCCAACCUAGUCAGUGUGAUGUUUGUUUCUAGCGUAGGGAAGGGGCAGAUGACGCAGCAGGCCACCACUAGUCAGUCUGAUGUUUAUUUCUUAUUGUAGGACAGAGAUAGAGAUUGAUCAUGUGGUACCCAAGUGCAUUUCAUCCCCGUCUCAGUGAAUGACAAGUUGCUGGGUGAAUAUUUCCUCCCUUCAGUUUAGGAUGUCGUAAAAACAAAUAGGAUAUGAAGAUGAGGUUUUCAUUCCUGGAUCCAAAUAGAUUCCUUCCCUUUUCUCAAUACGGGAUAGGAUUAACAUGUUCUUGCCAGCAGAGGCCACAAGCAGCAGGUCCCCAGAGUGCCAAUGUAUGCCAGUGUGUGCCGCCUCUGGUCCUGCCUGCUGCCACUACUCUCUCAUGUGGAAUGUGUGAGGAGGUUCAGGUUCUCUGUUGUAAGCUAACCAGUCUCAUUCUCGGUGAAUAACUUGUGAAAUGAUGCUGUUUUAUUGUUGGCUAAAAUUUUAUGAUGCCAUUUUUUCUUUGCACAGAUGAAUUUCAAAUGUGUUGAAUGUGUUAAAAGAAAAUUUGUGUAAUGUCACUUUUCCUUGCAUGUUUGAAGUUGAAGGGUGUUGAAUGUGCUAAAGAAAAAUUUGUGUUGUCAUUUAUACUUUGCACAGGUGAAGAUGAAAGGUGUUGAAUGUGCUAAAGAAAAACCUAUAUCAUCAUUUUUACUUUGCACGUUUGAAGUUGAAAAGAGUUAUUUGUGCUGAGGAAAAUCUGUAUCACCAUUUUUACUUAGUAUGUUUGAAGUUGAAGAGUGUUGAAUGUGUUAAAGAAAAUACAUGCAGUGUCAUUUUUUCUUAGCACAUUUGAAGUUGAAUAGAGUUAAUGUGCUGAAGGAAAAUUAGUAUCACCAUUUUUACUUUUCCCAGGUGAAGGUUGGAAGGUGUUAAAUGUGCUCAGAUGAAGUUGAGAAGUAUAAAAUGUGCCACUAUCUUGCCUCUGGUGGGUAGUGCAGUGUGGGGCUCUGAUAUGCACACCCUUGUCAGUGAGAUAGGCUGUUAGUAUGGUCCACUCCCCUCAUUGUCAUAUCGCUCAGUCUGUAUGAAAGCAAUGAAAGGCUUAGUAUGACAACACCUGCAUUGUGAUGCUUUGAAUUAAUGAGGGCAAGUCAAAACAAAAGAUAACACUCAUGACUUGUGAUUUGUUGUUCUGAGGCAUUUUCAUUAAAUUUCAGUGUCUCUCUUGUUGACUUAGCAUCUGUUUGAGCAGGAGUGAGAUGAUAAUGUAACUUUCCUCAGACCACUUAUAUGUGCGAUAGAAAUUUAUAAACAUCUACAUUCACCAUUUUCCAGAAUUUAUUAGUAUAACCUGCCUUAGUUAGCAAGGGUGUGCAUACAUGACAUACUUGUUCAGUGCAUUACAGAAGGUUUGAAGCAGGUUAGCCUCGCAUCACUACCCUUUCAACCAGACUAACUUCAGGACACCAUACCAAAAAGGAGGUAAUAGUCAAAGGUAAUUGUAGACACCGUAUGUAACAUAUCCUCUCUCGUACUGUAGAAUUACUUGUGUCAGCCCCCUCACCUCACCACAAGUCCCUACUGUUGGUGUGGAGUGGUGGUGGUGGUGGUGGGCUGCCAGGGAGGUGAAGGCCAAGUGAAUGCUCAGCCCUGCACCUCUCCCCGGUUCUCAGGAUGUUGAUAUUGUGGCCAAGAACCUGCAGUGACAAGGGCUGGUACAGAGACACUUUGCUCCCUCACCACGGCUGUUUUCCAAGGCCACAGAAAUGAGUAGCUGGGUUCUCAAGACUAUCUCUCCUGUUGGUAAUGUAAAAGUCUUGUUGCUCUGUUACUGUAACCAUAAAGACAUUAAAAGUCAGUGUCAUUUCAAGUUGAGGCUUUUGGAAGUAGUGGAGGUGUGAGUGUAAGUGUUUCUGAGUCUGGUUCAUAAUGGUGAAGACCACAAUCAGUGUUUUAAACUUGAGUGCAACAAUGUGAAAUGAUCUGCCAUGAGAGUGUUGCACCGUGUGUGUUGGAGGUGAUGAGUGACGGUGAAGGCAAGCAUGCAUAUCACACACACCUUCAAUGUUGCUGUCUAAUAUUUAGUCAGCCACUUCACCGAACUCUUACUUAACUGGUGACCCUCAGAGGCCGUGCCGCGUCCCACAGCAGCCAACACACAGUACAAACAGGAGAGGCUUCUGCUGGAGACUGCUGAGGGAAGCUUGCCUGCACACACACACACACACACACACACACACACACACACACACACACACACACACACACACACACACACACACACACACACACACACACACACACACACACACACACACACACACACACACACACACACACACACACACACACACUUGUAUGACUUUAGCAGCAUAAGUGCUGUAGUAUUUUCUUGAAUAUUUCAAGUAUAAUUUCCAUUAAUACCAUUAUAGAUCCAUUAAGUUUGUUAGUGUGUCACAGACAGGAAGGUUCUGUUUCAAAGGACCUGCCUGUCCAGGAACACUGGAGUGACUGGUUUGUUCCUGCCGGUUCACCGCCAUUUUCCUGGCUGGGCUGAGGCGCCAGGCGAUGGUGGUGUUGCCUGGCCUGGCGUGGUGUGGCGCCAGCUUGGGGAGUGUGAUGGAGACAGAUUUUGUCCACCUUGUCUUGUACUUGUUCCUGAUACACUGUUGCAAUAACUAACAUAUUCAGUGUUAGGAAAGUAAGAGUUUUGUAUGUAAUAUGUACAUGUACUGUUUUGAAACUUGCCACCUUUUGUGUAAUAAAAGCAGUGAGUCCCUGACUGACGCUGUUGCCUCGGCAGUGUUUCCAGCAGACUCUGAACGGUGGGCGAUAGUGUGUGCAGGUCGGCCCAGGCAUGGCAUUGUGGCUCAGGGACUCACUGCACGGAGAAAGCUACAAAGGCUGUAUUUUUGCUGCAGUGAGUAACCAUUUCUACCAAUUCAUCUUGUAAUGAGCAGGACUGGCUGUUCUGCACUGGGUGCUCACGCCACCACACUUUUUAUCCAAGUUUUUGUGCUCAGCUGUUUAGUGUCACAGAUGCAAGUAUUUAUCAAAACUCACAACUCUUUCUCACCAUAUCUGAGUUGUUGUUGUUGUUGCAUUUACUCCAGAGAUGUUGCCCAAGUUUACAUAUAUUGACAUUUAAUAAACCAUCAAUUUGA